GGGAUAUUUGCGCAGGGCAAAACUUUGGACCCAGUGUAAUGCUGAUGAGGAAACUGAGCUCUAGGGUCUCAAUCCAGGCUUGGACUAGGUUCCUAGCUCAAUCUGCGACCUCUCACUGCCUCCUACAGUCAGGACUGGGUAUUCUUUCAAGUAGAUAAAAUUAUGAAGGUCCCGCAGUCACCAUCUUGGAGAAGGCGAGUAAAUCCUGCCUGGGAGACCGCCUUCGAAGACACUGCCCCUGGCACUGAGCUAGGGACACUGCUGGCAGCCGCUUCAUCCUCCCGGCCCGGGGCGGCGGCGGAGAGGGGAUUUGCUGACAGUGGCUGGACUGCGAACCAGUCUUCGGGUUGCACAAGGGGAGGCAGCCGCGGAACCUUUCUCCUCCGCCUCUCUCUGGCUUCCACCCGGACCCAGUUGGUGCCGGACGCAGUUGUGGGGACUUAAGUAUGGAGUCACCGGGCUCUGGGUCUGGAGGGUCCUCCUCUUCCCUCGAGGCUUCGGGGUCCACGGACGACCGGCUUUUCCUGGUGAAAGGUGGAAUUUUCCUUGGUUCUGUUGCUGCAGCUGGGAUGCUAGCCGGAUUUGUUACAACAUUAUCACUGGCUAAAAAGAAAAGUCCUGAAUGGUUCAAUAAGGGCAGUAUGGCCACGGCUGCCUUACCAGAGAGUGGGUCUUCUCUUGCCUUGCGAGCGCUGGGCUGGGGCUCACUUUAUGCCUGGUGUGGAGUUGGUGUGAUCAGCUUCGCAGUCUGGAAAGCUUUAGGAGUUCACACUUAUACACCUUGGAUGGACUGGGUGCCCUCGGUAACCUGCAACACUAUGUUGACACUGCAUAGACACAUCACCCAGCCCCCUGCUCUGACUCGCCAAUUCCAGAUCAACUUCUGCUGAUGAAAGACUUCCAAAGUAAAAUGCAAUCAAUAUUUCCAACAAUUCCCAAGAACUCCAAAUCAGCUGUUGAGUGGGAGGAAGCAUUGAAAUCUAAAUGAGAUGAGCACAGAUGAAUUCCAAAGCAAUCACUGCAGAAAGGGUGGCUUCAGAGGCAGCACAACUGAAAAGGGACUGGGAGUGCUUUCUCCCGAGGACCCGUGCAGAUUGUUGAUGGCAUUCAGCCUCCCCCUGAGCAGGUGGUCUUCCUCCGUGGCUGUGGCUGUGGCUGUGUUGGGGAGAGGCAGUUUUCCUAAAGUUGAGUAUUUAAAAAUAAUUAUUGGGAUAACUUCCACAGGUGGAGAGGUCCCAGAGGAAAACACUUCUGUUUAUAACAAUAAACCGUGUUUCACACCUGAAAAAAAAUGUAUAGUAAAAGUCUGAUAGAAAAUCUUUACAAUUAGGCCCUUAACAGUAGUAAUAAUUCAGUGUAUCUAAUUAAAUAAGUUUUAAGAGCCUUUCUUGUUGAUAUACAACUGAGAAUUUGGAAGACUUGUUCCCAUUAGCCAGACUUCAAAGUGCCAGGUCCAGUGGUGAAUCCAAGUACAGCAGGGACUGAGUAUGGCUCAUGGUCCUGAAGGCAGUCUGAUUCAGAGCAGGCACACACGUGCCAGUUACUUACUUGGUGACUUCACUUGAUGGCCCUAUAAAUUCUUACACUUAGGACAGAAAGCCAGUAGCAGAUUGUGAUAACUUGAAGAGGUACAGUUGGGCUGAAAUACUAAGGAUGAUAAUCAUGGGUAUAAAAAACACUUUUUUGAGAAAUUGGUUCUGGAUCCCUGAUCAUUACUUGUAGUUUCGUUUCAGUUGAUAAAGUAAAGCUGCUCAGUUGUCAUCUAUCUUAAAUACUUUAAACCAGAAAGUCACUUGAGUACUGAGUCUCAGUGUUGUCACCUCCUCCUUAAUUCUUACAUACCCAAACCUCUCAUGUACUCCAUGAUCUCUUCCAGAAAACAGAUGGAGGAUAAUGUCUACAUGCAACUUUUUUACUUUAAAUUAAAAAUUUUAAAGAAGAGAAAUACUUUUAAUAUGUCAGUAUGUUCAGAGAAAUAACCUCUGGUGGAAAACCGGUUGUGCAAUUUCUUUAGAAUUGCUUAGUCUCUAAUUAGUCACCAAUCAGGUUUAAUAAAGUACAUUUGAAAUUUCAGUUACAAUGAAACCUUUUAGUUCUAAGGGAAAAUUUUAAAUGAAAUGUCAAGUGCAUAAUGUAACAUUUUUCUAUAGACCACAUUACCCUAUUAAAGUUGCCAUAUUGUUAAUUAAACAUGUGUAAUUGGUAUUUGGGAUUCACAUGUAACCUGUUAAAAAUCUAAGAUCAAAAGGAAAGGAUUGUGAAGUUUAUCAGCGUAUGUGGACAGUAAAAAACUCUUCACCCGUCUUCCAUUUUUCGCUAAAUCUCUGUGAAGAAAGUAUUUCUGGCCUAUGAAUGCAACGAAGGAAACACAGGAGCCAACAUGAGUUGUGUCUGAUUCCAGGCUCUCCUUCAGAGAAUGGGCACAACCUGCAACUAUAUCUGCUAGGAUCUUGAUUUUCGUCUUCCUGAGAUGGAGAAGGCCUAUUGAUUUUUAAAAGUCCUCUCCUGGGUAGGAAAAAACAGAAAUUCUCAGCUUGCUAGAGUGAUAAAAGGAGAAAUCAUUAUGAGCUGUGGUUCUGUUUAAUGGAGUCCUGCCUUGCAAACUCCUUGAGGGUAGAGACUCCUCACAGGCCAUGUGAACCUGUGGCGGCGCCUGUUGCAGAGGUUGAGUGUACUGGGAGGGUGGCAGCCAGGUCUCAGGAAGGAGCCAGUGCCACAGUAGGUGGGCUGUGCUCCCAGGGCCUGACACAAGGAGGGCUGAAUGCAUGUGUGCUGCAGGAUUGAGUGAACACUUGCUUGUGUGGUAUGUCUAAUACUGACAAAACCCUGCCCUUAGACUUGACUUCUGUCGUCCUUGACAGAUGGCAGGGGUCUGACUCCCAUAGGAAUGCUUGUGAGUCACCUAUGGAGGGAAGGUUGACAGGGACAGAUUUCCUGGAAUAGGUACAAAGCGUAGGCUCCAAUUGCAUUUUAGAAGCAAAAAUGAAGUAACAAAGAUAAAAAUUCGAAGAGAAAAGAAAGAAGAGGAAAAACAAUGUAAGUACAGUGGUGUUCCACUGUCAGGACUCAGAUAUCAGAAGAUAUAGUCAUUUGUCUAUUCCUUUUAUACCAGAGGCAUAUUGUUAAAUUGGUUAAUGGAAAGGAAAAAUGUUUAACAGAUAAUGUUAUUCUUUAUGUGAAGUACCAUCUGUGUAUUGAGUUCUGAAUGUUCCUGGAUAUGGAAGAGAGGAAUUGUUAUGGAAUUUCAAGUUUGCCUUCUUUGCUGUCUUUAUCUUGGGUAGAGUAUGACAAACAUAAUCACAUUUAUCUCCUGGAGCAUAAAGAGCUUUAAUCACCCUAUUAACCAGGAUGACAUUUUUCACAGACUUAAAAAGGAAUAGAACAGACAUUAUCUCCCCAUAAGCAAUCCAUUUCAUGGAGGCUGAGCACUAGAAAUGCUUUAAAGGAGGGAUAACACUGGCAUUUCCAUUUCCAGUCUAAGCCAACAUUAAGGAGGCUUUUGGUAAGGAUGUGGCUUUGAUUAGGUGAGUAUUAAGCUUUACACUUAGAAUCUCAGUGUCCAAGAGAGCUGUUGAAGAAAGCCACAUGAAGAAAACACAGUGGGCAGGGAGGAGUGGCUUAAAGGCCUUGGGAUUCUUUUAAGACAAAGGGAGUAUUCUUGUAAGUUAUCGCUGCCCUGUAAUAACAUAUCCACCAGCUGCUGGGUUUUCUUUUUUUCCAGUCCAAAAGAAAUAUGACUUUUGAACAAUCUGGGAAGGGAAAAUAGGAGGUGGGAACUGCCUCACCACGUGGCUCCAGCCUAUCACUGGAAGAAACAUGGAUUCCCGUGAUACAGAGAGUGAGCAGAUGUCCUAAGCCCAGCCAUUUGGAGCUGGUGGUGGGCAGUCCUCCCUCACAUCCUCAUCCCAGCUCGCUGACACAGAAAAAAGCUGAGCCUGCUCAGUCAAAAAGUGGAACCUGAUCUUCCUGCCUGUCAUACAUUGUGUUUGAUUUCACAGAUAGUAUGAGAGUGAGCUUGCCAAUUUAUCAUCACAACCUAUGGGGAAAAUAGAAGAAAUUAAGGGGGUGCCCAUAGGGACAAAAGUAAUUAAAAUGCACUGAAUUUAGCUAUUUCACUUGGGGCAAAAUUUAAUCUCUGCUAGAUUUGGUUUGCAGAGAAUGUUGUGUAUUUUCACCUCAUUUCGUGUAUCUUCUUUAAAACAAAUAGUUAAACACAGGUAAAAUAUAAACAUAUUUCUUCAAAUAGUUAAAUUUCCAAUGAAAUUUAGUAAAAUGCGUAUUUUAUAGCAUCGUA